GUUUACUGUUGUACUGUUAACAGCUGAAAAACAGAACAACAAACUUCAGCAGUGGAGCAAUGCGACUUGCUUCUGCACGUGAUAAUGGCUAAGGUACAGAGUACGAGAGCAAAGCUCUAUGAAACUAAAUCCACAGUAGCAGAUGAACCCACCGAGCAUGUGGAAUCUGCAGGUGACCGACUUAUCAAAGAGCUGGUCACUAAGCAGUUGGACAAAAACAUUACAUUAGAAGAGCAACUGCAAGACAAAAAACAUUUUGAAAAAGCCUCUGAAUAUUGUCCAUUUACAAAUUUAACAUCUGGGAAAAGCUCGCUGAAGCAGUUUGAAGAAACAGCAAAGAAAGCCGCCCAUAUAGAGGAUUUGAAGUCAUUUGGGCUCUCCAAUGAAGAAGUGGAAAUGGCACUAGAUUAUGAACUUGGGGAGGAUCAUUUCUCACAAAAAUACAAAAAAGUUGAAAAAUCUAUCCUUUCAUCACAACUGUUACUUAUACAUUCAAAAAUAAACAGUGGACUGAAUGAACGAGAGCAGGAAGUGGAGAAAAGGUUGUCAGUUGGAAGGCAUGAGCAAGAAUUGAGUUUAUCUGUAAAGCCAGAAAGUUUACACACAAGGUUGUUGCAGUUUGCACUAUCCUGCAAGGCUACAAUUUCUGACCCACGGCCUGGUAAUCAUCCCAUUCAUCAUCUUAAAGAACUUGAGGAAGAGUUGUUUGGUUCUUUAAGAAAAAGACGUAAGAAAGAGAAAAUUACCUAUCCACAAAAAUCAAGUGCCCCUUGUGCUGUUGAAAAUUCACACUGCCAUUACAACUACGAUCACCAUUCAACACUUUGGGAUGUCAAAGAAAGUCCAAUGGGAAAAGAAGAUUGUAAGAAUGCCAAGAAAAACACAAAACAGAUAAAUGAAACACGUGUGUAUACUUGUAAACCUGAAACAUUAUACACCAUAAAAGAUGGUAAAAUAGUGCAGUUAAAUGCAUUGCCCAAACAUAAAACUGACAUGAAAGAGAAAGAUACAUGUGGAGGUCAAGCUUUUGUGUUGUCAGAUGUAAAUAGCAGUGAAGUACAAGUAGUUUCAUUAAGUGAGAUUCAGAAUAACAGACUAAACUUGGAACAGAUUAAACAGCUACCUCGAUUCCAAAAUUAUGACAGAGGCUUACCAUCACCUGUAAGUAUUGUGCUGUUUCUCAAGAAUUUACCUGGCUGUGUGAAAGAGUCAGAUCUGGUAUCAAUAUUUAACUUAUUUGAAUCAUCUGAAGACAAGAGAAUUAUCUACAGACUGAUGACUGGCAGAAUGAAAGGCCAAGCUUUCAUUACCUUUCCAACUACUGACAUGGCAACAAAGGCAUUAGAAACUGUUAAUGGCUAUGUCUUAAAGGGAAAGCCUAUUAUUAUACAAUACGGAAAGUCAUGCCCCACUGUAUGACUGAUCACAAGACAUUCACAGUCACCAAAGAUGAUCACUCACAACAAGUUAUCUAAUGACAGAGGCAAUAAUACAAAAUUCACCUGUUGAGUAGUACACAAAACCCGAUGAGGAAAGAGAAGUAAUGAAUUACAAGUCAAGUAAUUCAUAAUAUGACUGUUGCUAGAAAAUUGUCACCAGAAUAUUUGGUCAGCCUUGUCCUGAUCUUUUUACUAUGAUUCAUUCCUACUGUUUGAAAUGUUAAUGAAAGUAGAGAGACGGUUUGAGUGUUAUUGAAAUAAUGUUAUGUGUUUUUCAAGUUUGAUGAUCAAACUGUGUACAGUUAUAUAAGAAUUUAUGUUAGAAGGAGGCAGUGCUGUAAUUAGAACCAAGAAGUUUUUAAAAUAAAAAUCUUCAGAUGGGCAA